AUGCAGCGCUUCAAGGGCGACAGCCUCCCGACCUACUACGCCGCGACGCCCAAGAAGAGCCUUGUCAUCGCCGACAUCCAGAGCCAUUGCAGCCCCACGACGCCAACGACGUACUGCGCUGCACCAGACGUACCCCAGUACGAGACACCGCCGCGUACCAAGCAAGACGACGACGACGACAGGCGCGUCAGACCAACGAGCUCCAACAACCGAAACCAUGUCGUCGUCAAGCGGCGCGUCGUGCGACCAUCGCUCUCGGCGCAGCUGGCGUCCAUCGGGCAGCAGGCGCAGACGCUCGUCGAGUCGCUGCGACCACCAACUGUCGGUGGUGGCGCCGACCUCAUUAUGGUGCCCACAUCGAGCAUGAAGGUCGGUCGCCUCGAGUGCAAGUUUCCGUCGCCCGCACGCUUCGACGAGACCGCGUGUCGAUACCAGUUUCUUGUCGCGUCCCGGGACAUUGCCAUGAUCAUGUACUACCGCGACAUGACGCAGGCCACUUUUGACGCGCGCGCGACCAGCUUCAAGUUCAAGAUUGGCCACGCCCUCGACGAGUUCGGCGCCGACUACGACCAUCGCAACCGCCAGCAUUUCAUCACGAUCGGUUUUGCGUCCGUUUCCGAUUUUGAGCGCGUCCGCGCGUACUUGCGUCUACGACUGCCACGUCAUCGUCGCCCGACCGGCGCUGGAUAG